AUGAAGCAGAAAAUUGCAUCAUCCAUCAUUCUCGCAGCACUGAGUGAGAAAUUGGCUGCUGAAGUUUAUCUACUCGAUCAUCCGCUGGCUAUGCCGCGGCACUUGCGCAUGACCUACAAUGUCAAGUGCAGCGCCAGUGUUGGUGCUGCCAAGCGGGAGUACAUUGGGAUCUACCUAGAUGAGGACGAGUCGAUGAUCGAGCACAUCCAGAACACAAGGCGUGUUCUCGAUGAGCUGCAGGAGCAGCAUGUAUUGAUUUCUGACGAUGAAAAGCGUCAGAACUUUAUGCAGAGGCUUGGACCUGCAUGGAAUGGCUUCGUUGGUGUGCUUGAAUCCAAUCCGGCGUGA